GCAUUUACAUUACAUUUAGAGGACGUUAACUGAGGGCUUUGACUGCCUUUAAUGACCACGACGUUUUAUUUUGAACCCCACAGCCGGAAGUCAUUUUCGAGGACACGAUGCUAGUUGCGAGUGAGCUCUGACACUGAGAUGCAGCACAUACACAAGUGUUUGGACUAAUUGUUCUUAACUGGAUUUGGGGACAUCAUUGACUUCUACAUGUACUACCAAACAUGGCAGAGAGAAAGGACAAUGAGGUGGAAGAGGCAGACCAGAUCUUCCUGCUCAUGAAGGAGGACUAUCGGAUAUCCAGGAAUGUGCGUCUAGCAUGGUUUCUCAGGAAUUUGAAUCAGAUCAUCUGGCCAGCCUCUACAUCUGAAUUGCAAAACUCUGAAAAUGAGUUGGAUUUGGCUGCUGUCCAACCGAAGGGGUGGCAGCCAGAUUCCAUCCCAACUACAGCCCCCUGUGUUUUGAUGCCAUCCACCCGGGCAACCUUUCUGGCCCGCAGGUAUCGCUUCAUCAUUGAACUGGACCUCAGCCCUUCCACAGGGAUUGUGGAUGACAGCACAGGAGAGAUGAUCUUUGAUGAAGUGUUUCAUGCAUUGUCUAAGUGCCUGGCUGGACUGGCUCAACCAUUUAAAGUUCCUGGAACAGAUCAGCUUUUCAAGCCCAAGAUCUUCAUCACCAUUUUGGUUUAUUCAUCAAUAAUUGGUCUUUCUUCUCACCAGGUUUUGGUACAGGGAUGCCAGCUUGAUAACGCAAACCUGAAUGAGUUCCUACAUCAGAUCUAUCAACAGCUCAGAUCUCUGGAGAGCAACACAGCAGAAGUCCUGCAUCAGCACCAACAACAGGUAUGCCCUAUAAGCUGUGUUGCACAUAGUGUUAUUGAUGUUAUAAAAACUUGACAUCUCAUCGCUGCAUACUGUGAAAUCCAACAUGUUCACCACGUCAGGUGUAUCAGAGAUGGUCAAGAAACAGAGUAUAGAGAGCUGGUUGACCGCUUGGUGGCAUGGUGUGGAAAUAAUCAUUUUGUCUUGAAUAUGAACAUAACAAAUAAAAUUAUUAUAGAUUUCAAGAGAAACGGGGUUAAAUCAAACGCUAUUUCCAUCAUGGGAGAAGAUUUGAGAAACUGAAAUACUUCCGAGUUCACCUGGAUAAUAGGCUAAGUUGGAGUUGCAACAGUAACACUAUGAUAUUUUUUGACAAAACUUCUCCUGCUG